AAAUUAGACAAAAACAACAUCACAAAUUUCCUCUUCUUUCUUACAACAUUUUCUUCUUCAUAUCAAUAUUAUUAUUAAUUAUGGGAAAUGCUUCAACCUCAUGUGCUCCCUCAUUACUAACAAAUAUUAGUAACAACAACAACAACAACAACAACAACAACAACAACAACAACAACAACAACAACAACAACAACAACAACAACACUAAUGGGGUAGUAAUCAAAGUGUUAUCUUUAUCAAAUGGAAGAAUGGAGUUUUACACAAAACCCAUUAAAGUAUCUGAGCUAAUGAAUCAAAAUCCAGGUAUGUUUGUAUGUGAUUCAACCACACUUGAAUUGGGUCAAAGAAUUCAUGGCCUAAAUGAGCACCAAAUAUUAGUUCUUGGAAAAAAGCCCCAAAGAAAACAACAUCAUCAACAAAGCCAAAAACUCUAUUUGCUUCUCCCAAUGGACCUUCUUUACUCUGUUCUUACUAUUGAAGAAAUCAAUUAUUUCAAUUCUUUGUUAAUUGGUACUAAUUUCAUCAUCAACAACAAUACUAACAAUAAUAAUAGUAAUAAUAAUGUUAUUAAUUUUGGUAACAUUUUUCCUUCUCUUGGUGAGUUUUGUAUGUUUCUUCCUCAAAAUAAUGUUAAUAAUAAUAAUUGUGGUGAGUCUAUUGAGAAUGAUGAUAAUAAGAGAUAUCAAUUCAACAAGCAAAGAUCAUGGAGACCAGCUUUAGAUACCAUUGUUGAAACUACUUCAUCAUCUUCUAGAUGAAAUUAUUAUUUUUUUUAAUUAUUAAUUGUAAUUUUUCUUUUUUUUAAUUUUGGGUUGUAAUUAUAUUUAGUUUAGAGUAAAAUGAAAUACAUUUUUUUUUUAAUUAAUUGUAAUUUUUCUUUUUCAACUUUGGGUUGUAAUUAUAUUUAGUUUAGAGUAUAAUGAAAUAUAUGUUUUUUUUACUUCAUUAUAAUUUUUCUUUCUAAGUUUUAGGUUGUAAUUAUAUUUAGUUUUUUUUU